AUGUUGACUCGAUUGCUCCGCAGAGGAUUGAAACGCCCUUUAACCUACGCUGAAAAAGUCCUGUAUAGCCACUUGGACGAUGAGUUUGACGACCCCAUCACGCGCGGAAAGUCGCAAUUGCGAUUGCGUCCGAUGCGCAUUGCGUGUCAAGAUACCACGGCGCAAAUGGCUCUCAUCCAAUUCAUAUCCGCUGGUCUGGACACAUCUGCCGUUCCGACAACCGUACACUGCGAUCACUUGAUAGUGAGUCGCGACGGCGAGGCUCAGGACCUUCCUCGUGCGCUGGAUGUGCAUAAGGAAGUCUAUGAGUUUCUGGAGAGCGCUUGUCAGAAGUAUAAAAUGGGAUUCUGGAGGCCCGGGGCAGGAAUUAUCCACCAGAUCGUGCUAGAAAAUUACACCUUCCCCGGGGGUAUGAUGGUAGGAACUGACUCGCACACCCCCAAUGCCGGGGGAAUGGGCAUGAUUGCCAUUAGUGUCGGAGGCGCAGAUGCCGUUGAUGUCAUGGCUGGACUGCCGUGGGAGUUAAUGGCGCUUCGGGUGCUGGGAGUGCGACUGAAUGGCGAACUAUCGGGAUGGGCGACUCCCAAAGACAUAAUCAACAAGUUAGUCGGAACCCUGUCUGUUAAAGGAGGUACCGGAUCAAUUAUCGAGUACUUUGGACCCGGGACCCAGACGCUCUCGGCCACAGGAAUGGCCACAGUCUGCAACAUGGGUGCAGAGACGGGAGCGACUACAUCGAUCUUCCCAUAUUCACCCUCAAUGUCCAAAUACCUCCAUGCCAACCACCAUCCGGAUAUGGCACAGGAUGUUGACUCUGUCUCUCAAGAGCUGUGUGCUAACGAGGGUGCCGAAUAUGACCAAAUCAUCGACAUUGAUCUAUCGAAGUUAGAACCGCACAUCAACGGGCCCUUCACAUCCAACUUAGCCACACCACUGUUUCGUUUGGGGACGCUGACAGCCGGCCUCAUCGGCUCAUGCACGAAUUCAUCAUUUGAGGAUCUCAGCCGAGCUGCAAGUACCACGCAGCAAGCAACACGUGAGACUCUGGAAAAGUCCGAAAUUUUGCAGACAUUUGAGGAAAUUGGGGUCAAGAUGCUACCAAAUGCUUGCGGUCCUUGCUGUGGCUCAUGGGAUCGAACCGACACAUCCAAGGGCAUGAGCAACUCUAUUAUCACGUCCUACAAUCGGAAGUUCUCAGGCCGUCUCGACCCGAACCCCAAGACCAAUAUUUUCCUCGCUUCACCGGAAGUGGUCAUGAUUAAGGUCUUUUCGCAGAACCUUGGUUUCAAUCCCAGCGCGGAUACACUAACCACGCCUGCUGGAGAGGAAUUUAGCUUCAACCCUCCGACGGGUGAUUCUCUUCCUGGAAAGGGCUAUCUUGACUCCGAUGCAGCCUACCAAGUGCCCCCAGCGGGUGAUCUUACUGGAUUGGACGUUCAGAUUGACCCGUCCUCGCAGCGGCUGCAGAAACUCGCCCCCUUCACCCCUUGGUCCGGAAAGGACUUUGAGGAUUGCCUUAUCCUGAUCAAGACCAAAGGGAAAUGUACUACAGACCACAUCACCCCAUCUGGUCCACAGUUGCGCUUCCGAGGCCAUCUCGAGAACAUCUCAAACACCUUGAUCGGCGCCGUGAAUGCGGAAAAUGACAAAGCCAACACCGUUCAUAACCAGCUCACUCAACAAGAUGUCCCCGGUACCGCCCGUCAUUACCAAACUCAAGGCCAUCCCUGGCCCUGCAACCAAAGAUAUCUUGGGAGUGUGGCAAUUAUCGCAAAGAGUUUUGCUCGGAACGAGGCCAACCUGAAGAAGCAGGGAAUGUUGGCUUUGACGUUAGCCAAUGAGGCUGAUUAUGAUCGGAUCUGGGCGUCGCAUCGAGUCAGUAUCAUCGGACUGGCGGAGCUGGCGCCAGGCAAGCCUUUGACGCUGCAGGUGAAGUCAAUUGACGGAAAGUCAUGGGAGGCUAAGCUGUCGCAUACGUUUAUGCCGGAGCAGAUUGAGUACUUCAAGGCAGGAAGUGCGUGA